GAUCCACUCCCUGGUUUAAAAAGUCGUAGCCAGGACAGAUUCUGGAACAUUUCUCUGAUAAUGGCGCCAAGGCUAACUACUCACCUCCUUUGCCUUAUGAUACUAUCUCAGCUAGCACAUCCUUCAGACGAGGCGUCGCUGCCGGAUAAAACAUCUGCUCCCAGAGGAGACUUCCCCAAUGUGAGGGGAGACGUGCAUCCACAUGACGGAUAUGAGACGGGAUACAACCGUGAUGACUCCCCUUGUCAGAUUAUAUCUGUCACUGAAGACCCCGUGACCCCUGCCCCAGCCACCACCGACCAACCCGAUGAGACCACAGACCAGGAUGCCCAGCCUCUCGGUCCCCCUCAUCCCCCAUUGGUCCCGUACCGGACUGUCAUCCCCUGGAGGCCCAACGUCGGAGGAGGAUGGGCGAGUGCCAACGGUUUCCCCCGCUCACCAACGUGGUUCUUCGGGUCGCAGGGAAACGCUCGCUUCCAUCCUGCCGCGUUCCCGCUGCCAGGGAACGCUCACUUCCAUCCUGCCGCUUUCCCGCUGCCAGGGAACGCUCACUUCCAUCCUGCCGCUUUCCCGCUGCCAGGGAACGCUCGCUUCCGUCCUUCCGCGUUCCCGCAGCCGGGGAACGUUCACUUCCCCAUCAGCAGUUUCCUCGGGGGCUAUAACCCCCGUCUGGGACAACGGACCUCCGGUCGGCCUUACUGGCCCCGGGGUCUAGGUCUGGCGCGGCGGCGGGAUUCGUCUGAGGAAAUCUACGGAUGAACGUGGGACGAAGCGUAAAAGCUAGUUCAGAUUAUCCACAGUUGCGCAUAAAACGAGGCGUUUAGGGUUUACUGGAAAGCAGUUUUAGGAUUUUACCAUCACUGAUGGUGAACACAUCCGUCCCCAUAGGUGGGUUGGGCUUGUUAACAGGCAACGUUGGUACUCGACAAUAAAUAAUCAAAUACAAAAUAUAUGCCGUUUCUUUUUUCUCUUCACCUGUUGAGAGUUCAACCAAUGAACACUGCUUGCUCUCAAAGCAGGUCGAAACUAGAGUCAAUAUCGAAACAUUCAUCAAAGCCACAAUGGGUGUUGAUGAAAGCAAUCAUUAGUGACAAGUUAGUACGGAUAGUCCUCUUACCUGUGUUGACACAAGCCUCUUGUGGUCAUCUUCCCGUGGUCUCUGCAGUCUAGAGGAAAAACACUCGAAGUGUCUGGCUGGAUAAACCACAAAGCUGAAUUUAUGGCUGUGGGCUAAAUGUUUUUUUGGUGUACGUUUG